UUUCCAUGGAGACGGCGGACAGCAACAGAGCGCGGAAGGAGAGGUGUCCGACGGCGACUCGGGUUCUCAACAUCAGGAUUUCACCUUUAACUUCCCAGCGACGGAUUCCGGACCUCUAACGGGAGCUGGUUUCUGCCAGAGUCUCCGUUUUGGUCGUUUGCAGCGCUGCAGCUGAAUGACCCUGGAGGUUUCAUCCUGACAGAUGGAGAGCAGCUCUCACAUACUGCCACCCUCGUCCCCGUGUCCCCUGCCGGUCUCCUCCUCGCCCCAGCAGACGUCCUCAAACGGUUGGGUUUCGCUCCCACUUUCACCUAUUUCCUUCCCCCCGUCCCCAACAUCACUUUCUCCAGCAACAGCAGAGUCCGUUCAGUCCUCCUCCCCUCUUUCACACUGCACUGCGUCCCAUUGCCUCGAAGGACAAAUCGUACAAUGCCUGAGCCUGGAAAACUCAUCUGACCAAGAUGACCUGACCUGUCUCAACUGGCUGCACCAGAGGGGGAACCUGCUACCGCUGCAGCCUCUUGCCAAAAUGACACCGCUGGCCCAGCAGGAGUCCUACACACCCAGCCAGCCGCUUCCUCCUGCCUCAUCCAAGCCGCCGUACUCCUUCAGCAGUCUGAUUUUCAUGGCAAUAGAAGAUUCCCCAAACAAGAGUCUUCCGGUGAAGGAUAUCUACGAAUGGAUUGUCAACAAUUUUCCCUAUUACAGGACGGCCACUGGAGGCUGGAGGAACUCUGUUAGACACAACCUCUCCCUGAGCAAGAGCUUCCGUCGCAUUCAGAGGGACAAGAGCCAGUCGGUGGGGAAGGGAUCGCUGUGGUGUGUGUGUCCAGAGUACCGGCCGGCGCUCCUCGAGGUGCUGAGGAAAACCCACAGUUAUCACAGCACCAACAGCAACCUGAUAAACAAGCCUGAGCUGUUGGAAGGAGCUGACUAUGAGGUGCCCGCAGUUUGUGAUUCAAUGGAAAUCUCAGAUCCUCUCGCUCACACCCUGCUGCUCUCUGCACCCUCACCCCAAAUCCUCACCACCGACAACCCAGCCUUCACUGAGAACCCCCCGUGCCUUUUGACCCCGGAUCACGAGGAGCUAGUCACCAUAGAGCCGGUUGACUACCAGCAGGAGGAGGUUUGUGAAGACAUGGAGAAGGACCCGCUGUCAGACAGCGGCUACAUCGAGUUACACUAUUACCAGUCUAACCAGUACCAGUACCUGGUGCUGCCGGGCGACACCGAGCUGGACCUGGAGACUGUGGAGAUCCUGCAGCUGGACGCUGAGGCCCAGGAGGCUGCUGGGUCGCUGCUGGACCUGGCAGGUGGUGGAUAUUAAUUCAUAUUUAAUAGUCGCAGGUAAAUGCAGUGCUUCGGUCCCCUGUAAGCAAACACGUCAACAAAUGAACACGAGUUGGGAUUUAUGUUGGUUCUUCCUGAGAUAUUGUCACUGCCCUGAAACUUGUGUAUUGUUCUGUAGUUUGAUAAUGAUAUAGAUCAACGUUACUUAAGGACUAAUUUAAAACUAUGGAUCAUAUUACUUCAUGUGUAUUGAGGCACUUUUCAAUGCAUUUAGAACCAUAUCAAACUAAAAAGCAUGGACAAAAAAAACUGAGGUGACAGUAUUAAUACAAUAAGUUUUCUGGGUUUCCACUGUGAUAUUUUUUUUAACAGAUUAAGUGAAUUCUCAGGGGUGGAAGGAAUGCUUCCAGCUCAAGUAGAGGUAUUGUUUUUUGAAGAUGUUUCCCAAGUUAAAGUUUGAUCUAUACACUGUUGAAAGUUCUACAAAAGUUGCUCUUUUGAGGAAUACAAAGCACACUGACUCACAUCCACACUGUCACCUUUUAAAUAUGUGUUAUAAACCUUCUCCACUUCUUCAGCGUGGUGAGCAUCUUUUCUGUAUAAGAAUAUUUUUGUAGAUUUAAUGAGGAAAAAAGUAUAUUCGUAUGAUUUUCCCUUUAACGCUGUUGCUGUAAGCUUUUAUGAAAUGCUGUCAUUCUAAACAUAAUUGAGUAUGAGACCUACUUAAAAAUAUAUAUUUAUAAUGUAGUAGCAAUUGUAGAAGAUAUUCAAAACAAUAUAAUUACAAUAAUACACACGCUUCCAUUUUUUUCUUUUA